ACGAAAUAAUUGACAUAUUAUAUGAUCUGACACGGCAUCAUUUAUUUCUUUGUCAUUAAAUAACGGAACUAGCGUAUAAGAGAGUGGAGUGACCCAAAAGAAGCUAGUUGCUACCAGAGGCAGUCAGAGGACAUCAUGGAACACGUGGUCGGAGAUUCAGGAUCGUGUUUCAGGCGGGGGUACGGCAGCAUGCGCACUCUGCUGCUUCUUUCGGCGUGUGUCCUCGGCUGCCUGGCCGUCCCCGUGGCGGGGCCCCACCCCGAGGUGAACACGAAAUUCUACUUGCUGGAUAUUAAGCUCCCGGAGUCGGCCCUGAGCGUGGCAGGAACACACACGAGAAUUAUCUCUGGCAUAUACAACAUUAUAAAAUCUCUUCCCUUCAAUGGGUUGAAAGAAGUCCAUUCGUUCAAGGUGUUGGGCGAAUCCAGACUGUCAGUUGUUCUUCGUGCCCACAAAAUGACCACCCACUCCCGUUUGCACCUGGAGACCGCUGUAGUCGCUAUAGAAAAGCUCGGAACCACCGUACGUAACACGCCCUUGUCUUCGUUUGAGUCCUGGGCGGAGAGCCUGAUCGGCAACGGCCUGCCUAUAACCGAGCUCCAUCGUUUAACCAGAGGAAAGCCUAUCCCGCUGGACUAUACAAAUGUGUACAGGGCGGAAAUUACUUUCAGUUCCACAGGAUUAACAAAAUUGGCAUACCUGAACAUGCUACGCAACUUCACAAUCAGCGUUCUCCGGGCCAGAGCAACUAAUCUCUUCCGGUUCAGUGGAUUUAAGGUUCUGGGGAACUUGCCAGCAGCAUUUGAGUUCUACAUCAGCGAACAGCCGUCUGUACUGGAGCGUUACGGUUUACACCAACUGGUUCCGCUGAUGCAUGCAGGCAACAUCAAAAUUCACACCGAGGAGGUGAUCAAACUGUACGACCUGCUCUUUCCAAUACACCUGCCAGCGUUUAUCAUACACUCCACCAAAGUCAUAGUCCACGGGAAGUAACUAAUACUAUCACGCAAACCAUGUUUCCUACUGACCUGAUAACCCCUACCUGAUAAUUCGAAGUGUUAUCGUGUCACUAAGAAGUGUUAUCGUGUCACCAGGAAAUGAGUUGUGCGCACGACGGAUGUUUGCUCAAUUUUCACGUAGAUCGUUUUCUAAUUUCUCAAACAUCCAUUUACAGCAAUAAUUGUUGAACUGCAUAAAUAAAUAUAACAUUUAUACUUCCUAUAACAUCAAAUUAGCUCUUAUUUUUCAAUUCUCCAUUAUUCGCUUCAAUUCGGAACUAGCAAGCCGUUUGAAUUGAACAUUUUGAAAAAAAAGAAGAAAGUAGCUUCCUGCAAAGAAUGUUUACAUUGGAACAGCAUCUGACGUCAC